CGAAGGCACUGGUGCGAUCUGUUCCAACUUUUUUUGUCUAUUUCUUUUUGACGUUUCCUUUCUGUGAAAUCUCGGUUCGUGUAGUUGAUCUCAUUUAUCAAGCAAAUUUGCUUCAUUUUUCAUAAACAAUCGAACGGACGAAGAUGAUAAAAGCAGUGAUGGUGAUGAACACGCAGGGGAAGCCUCGCCUCGCCAAAUUCUACGAAUUUCAACCAGUGGAGAAGCAGCAGGAAGCUGUUCGCAAUGUGUUUUCAGUCUUAUGCAGUAGACCUGAACAUGUCAGCAAUUUUGUAGAUGCCGAAUCCAUCUUUGGCCCGGACUCUCGCCUUGUCUACAAGCACUUUGCAACUUUGUAUUUUGUGUUUAUAUUUGAUAGUUCUGAAAACGAGCUUGCUAUGCUUGACUUGAUACAAGUCUUUGUUGAAACAUUGGACAAAUGCUUCAGAAAUGUAUGUGAGCUUGACAUCGUGUUCAACUAUAGUAAGAUGCACACUAUAUUAGAUGAGAUCAUUUUCGGAGGCCAGGUGUUGGAGACAAGUUCAACUGAGGUUAUGAAGGCUAUUGAAGAAAUAUCAAAGCUUGAAACAGCAUCCAAUGCAAUCAAUCUUGUUCCAAAAUCUGUUUCUGGUUGGAGGUCACGGUAAUAUAUUUCAGAUAAGCUUUCAGAAUGAUCUGCAUUCAGACAUAGAAGGGGUCUGAGAGGUGAGGUAUGUAUGUUCAGGAAAGUCCGUAGGAUGUAUGUUGUCUAAAACUCUAAAUGUGGGUGCUCCUAAAUGAGGCACCCUGAUUUACAGUCUGAAUCGACCAUGGUUGCUACUGAUGAAUUAAUGACGAGCCAGUGAGGCAAUUGGUGAAUUCGUAUUUUUGAUUCACUACCCUUAUUGGUCUAAGGAACUGUGUACAACUUCACUGAUCAUUCAUUGUUCCCAACUGAUCCCAAUUUCAGUUAAU